AUGGACCGGUUCGUGGAGAUGUUCCUGCGGGGGGAGGCGCUGCGGGGGAUGCUGCUGUACAUGUGCAACUCUUGCACGGUGGAGAUCAACGACCCGAUCACGCACACCCUGUGCACCUUCAUGACGACGCCGGUGUCGCUCUGCGUGACGAAGACGGGGCUGGCGCCGCUCAAGGACUGCAACAUGGCGAUCCUGCCGUUCGGGUGCAUGACGCCGGAGCAGAAGGCGUUCCUGAACGGGGCGAUCAACGAGAUGCAGGCGGGCGGGCUGGCGACGCUAUCGACGCAGAUGGGGGGAGGGGGCAUGGCGCAGCUCAACUACCGGGGGCCGAAGCGCUACCUGCCGGCGGAGGACGUGCUGACGCAGUUCUGCGCGGCGGUGAGGUGCUCGGGGAGCCACCUGGGGCCGGAGAUCAAGGACAACGUGUGCAACAUCGUGAUCCAGCGGGUGUGCAGCAUGGUGCACGUGCCGCGGUCGACGCUGGCGGCCAUCUCCAAGGAGUCGUGCGUGCUGCGGGAGUGCGCCGAGGCCAGCGCGGCGUACAGUGUUUCAUCCUCCGGCCCCCCCACGGGUAGUUAA